ACAGGUUCUCAGAGGCUCCCCACUGCUUGCUUCCUCUUCACCGUGCUCCCAGAUCUCCUGGGCUGUAUUACUGCUCCUGUCUCUGUGAGUCCCAGGCUCUGCCUCAGGCUUCAGUGGGACACUUGGCUCCUGGCCCCUGGCAUCCUCAGCUGCCUUCCAGGACCCAGUGUCCUGCCUUUCUGCUUGGGGCCUUGCAGAGCUAUCUGCUCUCCACCCCCAGGUCUGUUCACCAGCUAAACUUCCUUCUUGGCAUCUUCUAGUCUCUUCGGGUGCUUCUACCCCCUCACUCUGGCCACUUCUAAGUCCCUCCAGUACCUCCUGGGCUUCCUCUCCUACAACCUUCCCCUCAGUCACCUCUCCCAGUUCCUCAGCUGCCUGUGUCUGCCUCUCUACUGUGGGGACUGUGUCUCCUACGAGGUAGGACACAAACGCACUGAAGGAGUCCUAGAAGAGAAGAAAGAAGAGUGAAGGCACUCAGGGGAGGUCUAACCACUUCCCCAGGAGUACACUGUUAACAAAGCCCAGGUGGUUGAAAAGACCCGGGAGAAGUGGGCAGAGGCUGCUGGAAUCCAUAGCAGAGGAAUAGGCUUGAUGAAGAAUGGUCAAGAUGCUGCCCUGCCAUCGAGUGGAAGUUUGAGAAGUCCAAAGGCGAAAAAGAGAAAAAAGGACCCGGAAGUAAGAAGCAACCCUCAAGCACGUGAUGGAAGGCUCACGGGUACUGUCACGUGACCCCCAACCUGCUCGUCUACCUUGCGGAGAGUUCAGCUGCUCUUAAAGCUCGGAACACACGCUGACUUUGGGCCCUUUGGGGGACCCGAACUCAAUGUUAUGGGAAGUUCUGCGGGCUCGUGGAGGCGCCUUGAGGAUUCUGAGAGGGAGGAGACCGACUCAGAGCCCCAGGCCCCUCGGUUGGAUAGUCGGAGUGUCCUUUGGAAGAAUGCAGUGGGUUUCUGGAUCUUGGGUCUUUGCAACAAUUUCUCAUAUGUGGUGAUGCUGAGCGCUGCCCAUGACAUCCUCAAGCAGGAGCAGGCGUCUGGAAACCAGAGCCAUGUGGAACCAGGCCCAACACCCACACCCCACAACAGCUCAUCUCGAUUUGACUGCAACUCCAUCUCCACAGCUGCGGUGCUCCUAGCAGACAUCCUUCCCACCCUUGUCAUCAAACUCCUGGCGCCUCUUGGCCUUCACUUGCUGCCUUACAGCCCCCGGGUGCUCGUCAGUGGAGUUUGUUCUGCUGGGAGCUUUGUUCUGGUUGCCUUCUCUCAGUCAGUGGGGUUAAGCCUGUGUGGAGUGGUUUUGGCCAGCAUCUCCUCAGGGCUAGGGGAGGUCACCUUCCUCUCACUGACUGCCUUCUACCCCAGUGCUGUGAUCUCAUGGUGGUCUUCGGGUACCGGGGGUGCAGGGCUUCUUGGAUCGCUGUCUUACCUGGGACUCACCCAGGCUGGCCUCUCCCCGCAGCACACCCUACUUUCUAUGUUGGGGAUCCCUGUUCUGCUGCUAGCCAGCUAUUUCUUGUUGCUCACGUCUCCUGAACCCCUGGACCCUGGAGGGGAAAACGAGGCAGAGACUGCUGCCCGGCAGCCUCUCAUAGGCACCGAGACCCCAGAGUCAAAGCCAGGUGCCAGCUGGGACCUCUCCCUCCAGGAAAGGUGGACAGUGUUCAAGGGUCUCUUGUGGUACAUCAUCCCUCUGGUGCUGGUCUACUUUGCAGAAUACUUUAUCAACCAGGGACUUUUCGAGCUCCUGUUUUUCCGGAACACUUCCCUAAGCCAUGCUCAGCAGUACCGAUGGUACCAGAUGCUAUACCAGGCUGGUGUGUUCGCCUCCCGCUCUUCUCUCCAAUGUUGCCGAAUACGGUUCACCUGGGUCCUAGCCCUGCUCCAGUGCCUCAACCUGGCCCUCCUGCUGGCAGAUGUCUGCUUGAACUUCUUGCCCAGCAUCUACCUCAUCUUCAUCAUCAUUCUGUACGAAGGGCUCCUGGGUGGGGCCGCUUACGUGAAUACCUUCCACAACAUUGCUCUGGAGACCAGUGACAAGCACCGAGAGUUUGCCAUGGAAGCUGCCUGUAUCUCUGACACCUUGGGAAUCUCCCUGUCGGGGGUCCUGGCCCUGCCUCUGCAUGACUUCCUCUGUCACCUCCCUUGACAGGAGUUGCUCGACACACACUGAUCUGCAGGCACAUGAGCAGAUCACACAUCUUCGAGCUCUGCCACAGCCUUUCCCUGCCCCACUGCAGCAAGGAGCCCCUGAUGUUUCCCACUCCUGAGCUGGCCUCAGAGUUUUCUCCUACCCUCUGCCCUUCUAAUAAAUGCUUAUUUUAACAGUUUCCUUUUUGUGCAGUCUCUGAAACGGAAAGUUUACAUAAGCCCACUGUGAAAGAUAUAUGUAUUUAUGAAUGUAUAAAGUAUUUCAGACAAGGUGUGGCACACACCUGUAAUUCCAGCACUCAGCAGACUGGAGAAUCCAAGUUCACGUCUGACUGGGAUAUACGGUGAGACCCUGAGGACUAGGGCUAUAGUUCAGUGGUAGAGUACUUGCCCAGGAUGUCCUGGGCUCUCAGUUUUAUCCCUGGAAAACAAUUCAAAAGCAGCGUAUGCUAAUAUAAGCCUGUAGUCCCAGGAUUGGGGAGGUAGAGACAGGAGGAUCCAGAGUUCAUGGUCCUCAGCUACAUAGGAAACCAAGGUCAGCCUGGCCUACAUAAGAUCUUGUUUUACAAUAAUUACAUUGUGUAUUUCUGGCUUCUUUAUAAAAAAAAAUCAAAUGUCCAUAGGUAUGUAGAUUUAUAUCUGGGUCUUCGAUUCCAUUGAUCAACUUGUCUGUUUUUAUGCCAAUACUGUGUGGGUUUUAUUACUAUAACUCUGUAGUAGUGCUUGAAAUAAGGAUGGUGAUACCUCCAGGAGUUCUAUUACUGUACAGAGUUGUUUUAGCAAUCCUGUGUUUCUUGUUUUUUUCAUAUGAAAUUGAGUAUUGUUCUUUCAAGGUCUAUAAAGAAUUGUGUUGGAAUUUUGAUGGA